UCAAAGAGUGGGCGGAGCGGAGCGGCAGCACAACAGGAGCAAACACAUCAGAUACCUUCGCUUACGUAUAAUGGCCGCUGGCUCGAGCUCCGUGAGGAUUCUCAUUAAAGGCGGGCGGGUCGUUAAUGAUGAUGUUACUCAGGAGGCGGAUGUUUACAUCGAGAGCGGGCUCAUCCAGCAGGUGGGGUGGGAUCUGGUGGUUCCGGGCGGAGCCAAAGUGAUUGACGCGUCCGGGAAGCUGGUGAUUCCAGGCGGCAUCGACUCCAGCGUUCACCUGCAGCAGACCUUCAUGAACGCAAACACACAGGACGACUUCUACAGCGGCACCAAGGCGGCGCUGUUGGGCGGCUCGACGAUGGUGAUCGCUCACGUUCUGCCCGAGAGAGACGCGUCGCUGCUGGAGGAGUUUGAGAAGAUCCGCGCUCACGCCGACGCAGAAGCCUGCUGCGAUUACGCGCUGCACGUGGGCGUCACCUGGUGGGGACCGAAGGUGCGCAGGGAGAUGGAGGUGUUGGUGGGAGAGAAAGGCGUUAACUCCUUCCAGAUGUUCAUGGCGUAUAAAGAUGUGCUGAUGCUGAAGGACUCGGAGCUCUAUCAGGCGAUGCACACCUGUAAGAACAUCGGAGCCGUCGCUCGCGUCCACGCCGAAAACGGAGAACUGGUGCACGAGGCUCACUGUCCAGUGUACUUGGUGAAUGUCUCCAGUGUGUCUGCUGCUGAUGUCAUCGCUGCCGCUCGGAUGCAGGGCAAGGUGGUUCACGCCGAGACCACACUGGCUCAUUCGGCGCUGAGCGGCAUGCAUUACUAUCAUCAGGACUGGGCUCAUGCCGCCGCCCACGUCAUAGCUCCGCCCCUCCGGCUCGACCCCAGCACCCCCGACUGCCUGCUGGGCCUGCUGGGCAAUGACAUCAUCAACGUGGUGGCGUCGGAUCACCGCGCGUUCAACACCAAGCAGAAGGCCAUGGGGAAGGAAGACUUCACCAAGAUCCCUCACGGAGCGGCCGGCGUGGAGGACCGCAUGAGCGUCAUCUGGGAAAGAGGAGUGGUCGCUGGUAAGAUGGAUGAGAAUCGUUUUGUGGCCGUGACAAGCUCGAAUGCGGCUAAGAUCUAUAAUCUGUACCCGCGGAAGGGCCGCAUUGUCCCGGGAGCGGACGCUGAUGUGGUGGUGUGGGACCCGGAUGCCAGCCGGACGAUCUCGGCGAGCUCUCAGGUUCAGGGUGGAGACUUUAACCUGUAUGAGGGCCAGCGCUGUCGCGGCAUCCCGCUGGUGACCAUCAGCCGUGGUCGUCUGGUGUGUGAGAGCGGCGUGUUCACCUGCGCUCAGGGCUCCGGGAGGUUCUACCCCAUGCGAUCCUUCCCGGAUUUCCUCUACAAGAAGAUGGUCCAGAGAGAGAAGACUCAGAGGCUGCGCGGCGUGGAUCGAGCGCCGUAUUCGGGCGACAUCGCCGCCGUAAACAACUCUAUCAGGAAGGAAUCCGCCUCUCCGGAGGGCGAUGUUCCCAUGCGGGCGUCCACGCGACACGUGGGCGUACGAGACCUGCACGAGUCCAGCUUCAGCCUGUCAGGAGCUCAAGUGGACGAUCACAUUCCUAAGAGAUCCUCGGCCAGAAUUCUGGCUCCACCUGGUGGACGUUCCAGUGGCAUCUGGUAACCGUGGAAACCGCAGAACCGUCUCCACGGCGACCGCUUCAUGUCCUCCUACGCAUGUGAUUGAAACUAUUAAAUAUCGCUGUAAACGAAGAACUGGAUCGAAUCGCAGUCAGCGUCGCAUACAAAGUGCCAAUUCAGCUGAACUCAAACUGUGCCGCAUUACGAUAAAACCACCUAAAAACCAUUAUAUACUCGUAUUUCCUGCUUUUGUGAAACUAAACAAAAAAAAAAAAAGUUUCAUUGACUUCCAUAGUGUUUUAAGCGAACAAAAAUAUGUCCCAGGAACGUUUUGCUAGCGUUUCUGUAACGUUAUGAAAACAUAACUGAAUGUUCUCUGAACGUUUCGUUUUUUUAAAUAUUUAAAAACAUUUUCU